UCUGUCCUUGUUGGUACACAGUCAAGGACCGAGGAAAAAGCUAGUGCUGACACAGAGAUGGAAGAAAUUCCAUCUCCUGUACCUUCAACCUCUGUACAGGAUAAAGGACCAAUUGAUGGUGGUGAGCCUGUCGUAGUUGGUACACAGCGAGGGACAGAUGAAAAACCAACUGCUGACACAGAGAUGGUAGAAAAUCCAUCAGGUUUACCUGCAACAUCUGGACAGGGAGAAGAACAUGGUGCCGGUCUUGAGAGUGAAGCAAAUGUUGGGGAGCAACCAGAAAUUUAUGAGGAUAAUGAUAGAGAUACAUCUUCUCAGGCUGAACACACCGAGGAACCCGGUGUAAGUGUUGAUGCGGGAGAUGUACCCAAUGUAGUUGCAGAGAGUAAAGUGGAUGACUUAUUAGCAAUACAUAGAGAUAUCUUAUAA